UCGGAAGCCUGGCGCCUAACUUGCGCCAUCAAUAAAGUGAGUGUUAUAGUGUAUUUAAAAAAAAACAGAAUUGAUUACACAGAAACAUGGCCGAUGUCAUAGUGAAUUCAACGCAGAGCGUUUUAAAAGACACAUACGAUUAUUAUAUAUGGACACUAUCAUUGUCAGAUGAUAGAACGAAGGGAUGGCCACUGGUUGACUCGCCGCUGCCGACUGCGUUUUACACUUUAGCCUACCUCUUCAUAGUGUGGAUCGGUCCUAAGCUAAUGAAAAACAGAAAGCCAUUUCAAUUAACAUGGCUUUUAGUACCCUACAACUUAGCCAUGGCUGCGCUAAAUGCCUAUAUAGCUGUCAGGUUACUGACAGCCUCAUUUAGAUUAAGAUAUAGUUAUAUUUGUGAACCUUGCCGGCAGAAAUAUGACCCGGACGAAUUGCAGAUAGCAGAUGCGGUAUGGUGGUACUAUUUUUCGAAGCUUCUGGAAUUUUGUGAUACCUUCUUCUUUAUACUGAGGAAGAAGGAUGAGCAGCUGACAUUUUUGCAUGUUUACCAUCACUCGACCAUGUUUUCGUUCUGGUGGAUUGGAAUCAAAUGGGUGCCUAGUGGAUCUACUUUCCUUCCCGCCAUGGUGAACAGUGGAAUCCACGUGCUGAUGUACACUUACUAUGGUCUCUCAGUUUUCGGUCCGACGGUCAGUCAGUACUUGUGGUGGAAGAAGUAUCUCACGAUCAUGCAACUGAUCCAGUUCACAUGCGCUUUGGUUCUCGGCAUCAACGGAAUCAGAACCGGCUGUGAGUUCCCGCUUUGGAUGCACUACGUACUGAUCUUCUACAUGAUUUCCUUCAUCAUUCUGUUCGGUAACUUCUAUAUGAAGGCUUAUAUUGCAAAGGGAAGCAAGUGUAUGGAAGUCAGAUACGGGCAGUGUCUGGACGAUGACGAAACGAUAGCCGCCAAAAAACUUAAAGAUUGCUAAACAUAGUUAACCAUAAUAUUUAUUACAUCAGUUGAUUAAAAAAACUUAAUUUAAGGACUUCUCUUUAAUAUUAUUU